AUGGAUGCAGCCGAACUUAUUGUGCGAUUUACGAAAGAUUGUGAGUGCUUUGCUGCAAGGAUGAGUGUGCCAGGCCAGGUGAUUGAAGGAGACAUCCUAUCAUCAGAGGUCGGGCUAUCCGUCCGAGCGGCGGUCUCGCGAUCGAUUCCGCGCCUGCGCGUCGCCCCAGACCAGUACAAAGGCGAGCCAGCUCCCAAGCGGGCUGGCCCCGUCAAAAUAAUAGAGCGGACCCUCGCGAUACGGCCCACACUCGUCACUCCGAGCGGCCAGUCUCUUCUUUUUUCGGUUUUUGAGGAGUCGUCGAUUGAUUUAUUCGUCGAAAAUGUAGCUACAUGCUAUAUAGACGAAGGCGGCGGGAGUUCAGAGUCGCGAUCGGACAGCAGCGAGGACGAGGUGACCGAACACGUCCCCAGGGCCGCGCCCUCCGACAACAUGGCGGCUGCUAGGGCGCAGGUGCCGACGAUCAGCGUGACUCCGCACAGUCCAGGCGUAUUAGACGACAGUUUGCAGCAGUUGCGUAGACUGAACGCGGCUGUUCAACGCAUGAGAGCAGCGCCUCUACCUUUACUGGCCACAGGCACUAGCCGUCUGAGCACAUCGUGCCCCUCCCUUUGCAAGGAUGGAGUCGUCGAGCCGGAAUGUUCCUCACCAACUCAUCUCGACUUCUACCCGCAGAGUCGCAAGGGAAGCGGGGACGCGCGCCAAUGGGGCGGUUGGGGGGUGUGGGGGGCGUGGGAGAGGCGAGACGAGGGGCGGCGCAGUUCCUGGGCCGCCCUGGAACCUGGCGCUAGGCCGCCCGACGCGAGGAGGCAACGCAGCAACCUGAACGGGCACAGCGCUUCGUUGUCGUCGAUGGAGUCGGAGAGCGAGGUGCCGAGACCAGUCCGUCACUCGACGCACUCCCUAAACGACAACGAUCUCGCCAAGGACUUCGAGAAGGUGACCGCCGCGCUGCGGGCGGCAGCGGGGGGCGCGGGGGCGGCGGUGAACGGGGGGCGGUUGGCGGCCCGGCUGCCUCUACAGAAGUCCGUCUCUACGCCGAGCAUCGUAGCGGCCGUGCAGCCGCCGCAGCCCGCGCCUCAGGCGAACGCCCUGUCAGCCGGCGGUGCGAGCGAGACGGAGAGCGACGAAGAUAUGUCCGUCGCCACCGAGGGCGCUAUCGGCCAACUGCCCGGCAGGCGGAACAACGCACACCAAGAGCACCUCGGACUGGACCGGCUGACGUUCUUGGAGCAAGCCGCGUUCGACCAUCACGCCGAGAAGAGGCGGAAACGGGGAAGUCUGUUCUUCCGAAAGAAAAAGGACAAGUCGCGCAAAGCGGCGCACGUGUGGCAGGCGGCGGGCUCGGGCGGCCACUGCGACUGGUGCGCGCGCGCCGUCGGCGACAAGCCCGCCCUCUACUGCGAGAACUGCACGAUGACCGUUCACCAGAAUGUCUGCAAGGACUACAUCGUGGAAUGCAACAAGCCCAAAUCGUCAAAGACGUCAGUUGGCAAAUCGCUGAGCACGAAUAGCGGGAAAAGUUCGAAACGCAGCUCCGUUUCCGGACAAUCGCAGAAUGCCAACAGCACCGGCGUCUACGCGGAUGACAAAGAUGGCUCCGACCACAAGCACGAUCAGAGCAAUGCGUCCGACGACGCCGGCGCCACCGAAUGGGCGGAGGUGUACAUAACGGCCGACCAGCUGGGCGAGGAGGCGAUAGUCCUGGGCCUUGGCGCUUCGGAACCGGACACGUGGGCGGCAGGCGCCCCCAAGGGGCUCGCCAAAUCGCUCGGAGACAGGGAGACCAAACGCCAAGAGCACAUCUACGAGCUAAUACUGACUGAGAAACAUCACUGUCUCACAAUUAGGCUCAUGCAGAAGAUGUUCGCGGAGGGCAUGGCGCGCGCGGGCGGCGUGUCCGCGGCGCAGGUGGCGCGCAUGUUCCCGCGGCUGGACGAGCUGUGGGCGCUGCACGCGGCGCUGCUGGCGCGGCUGCGCGCGAGGCAGCGCGCCGCGCCGCGCGUGCCCUCCGUCGCGGACAUCCUGGCCGACGCGUUCGCGCCGCCGGCGCACCAGCGCCUCAAGGCGGCCUACGGUGAAUUCUGCUCCCGACACCGCGAGGCCGUGGAGGUGUUCAAAGAGUGCUGCACGAGGGAGCCCCGCCUCGCCCGCUUCAUACGCAAGUGCCAACAGAAUCCGCUGCUCAGGAAAAAGGGCGUGCCGGAGUGCGUUCUGUUCGUGGCCCAGAGGCUGACCAAGUAUCCCCUUCUGCUGGAACCGCUGCUGAAGACGGCCGGUGAUGACGUCACCGAGAGGGAGCUGCUUCAGAAAGCGCUGUGCGGCGUUAAGGAGAUAUUGGUGGACGUGGACAACCAGGUGGCGGCGAAGGAGCGCGAGGACAGGAAGCUGGAGAUAUACCACCGGAUCGAUGCGAAAUCCUUCGCAAACUUCCGCGGGCGCAAGUUCAAGAAGAGCGACAUACUGCAGGGCAACAGGAGUUUGAAAUUCGAAGGCGUGGCCACUCUGAUGCAGGGGCGCAGCAAAAUGCAGACCUUGCUGGUGAUCGUGCUAACGGACGUGCUCUUCUUCCUUCACGACAACAACAACAAAUACACGUUCUUCACGCCCGAGAAUAAGACCGGCGUUGUGUCGCUGUGGAAGCUGCUGGUGCGCGAGAAGGCCGGCGCCGAGGGCAAGGGCCUGUACCUGAUCUGCAGCGGCCCGGCCGAGCCCGAGAUGUUCGAGCUGAGGGUGCACCGGCCCAAGGACAUCGCCGCGUGGAUACACGCGAUCAGGGCAGCGGUGCAAAGCUGCCCCGAGGAGGUGGAGGAGUCGGAGGCGGGCGCCCAGGCCACGUCCGCCGAGGAGCGCCAGCGCCAGCUGGAGGCGCGCCACGAGAACAUAAGACUGAUUACCGAGGCAUUACGACUGAAGGACAGAGAGCACGCGGUCCUGCUAGAAGAGAAGAUGGCGUUACACAUGAAGAUGGUCGGCCAUAGCGGAUCUUCUACACUGGACGUGCCUCAUACUGGCGUGAGCGCGGUGUUCCCCGGCGGGCUGGUGUUCCCGGACUACGUGCGCCUGGCCGCGCCCACGCCCGACACGCACGCGCUCUGGCAGGAGGUCUGCCGGGUGGUCAAGGAGGCUCUGGAAGCGUCCAGCGGCACGUGGUGCGGCGGCAUCUCGCUGGGGCGCAGCACCAGCUCGGCAGGGGAGAGACACUCCGUCGCCUACCAGAGCCCCGCGCUGCCCCGGCGCGCAGACACUUUCGCGGGCUUCGACGCCGCCCGCCACAGAGGCGUGGCAGUCCGCCUGUCCACCGACACCCCCACCGAGCCAGCGGAGACGCGCCUGCUGGAUCAGAUCGGCGGCGACGCGGCCCUCAAACUGCAGCACGCCAUAUACACGCUCACUUGCAUCGUGUGGCAACAGCUUACGACUAUUCACAGCCUGGAGGCGCAGGUGUGCGCGUGGCGGUCGAGCGGCGGCAGCGCGGCGCGCACGCACGACGCGCAGCUCGAGGAGCUGCGGCACGCGCAGGCGCGGCUCACGGCGGAGCGCGCCGCGUGGGAGGCGCAGCGGGCGGCGGACCGCGCCGCGCUCGCCGACGGUGAGGGCGGGACGGGGCGAUGGGGGGCGUUGCAGCGACGGCAGCUGCAAGCGGCGCGCCAGGAGUUGGAGGAGCAGCAGAAAGACGUGGAGCAACAAAGGGAGCGGCUCUACCGCCGUCUGGAGAGGCUACAGCAACACGGUGGCUCACAAGAGGAAAUUGCGAGUGUCGGCACUCUGUCACCGGAUUCGAGCGUAAGCGAUAUAACUCGCCGGAAAGAGCCGAAAUGGCGAAGCAACCGCGGCUCGACCGGCUCCGAGUCGUCGGCGUCGGCGUGCAGCGCGCGCGGCGUCCCGCUGCCGCCGCCGCAGCUGCUCUCCGCGCAGAACGAGAGCCGCGCCACGGUGCGCGCGCCCGCCAUAUGCCAAAUGGUCAAGCAACAGCUGCCCUUGAAACUGGCCAGCGGUAAAAACCAACAAGCACCGCCCGGUUACCAUAGGUUGCACGAGUCGCCCAGCGAGCAAAGCCACGGCUUAGUGAUACACCAUACGCGUACCGGAAGCUCCCCCGCUCCGUUGCCAUCGCAGCAACAAUUAAAUAACAAAGCUACCAGGACCAACACCUACCCCAAACUGCCGGAGAAGUUCCGCGUGCGCACGCCCGAGUCGUGCGUCGCCCCCCCUCCCGCGGCCCCCGCCGGCCCCGCGCCCCCUCCCGAGGAGGAGGUCAUCUACUUC